AGGAUGUACGAGAGGAAGACAGGAUUGGUAUGACAGUUGCUUUCAUUUCCAUUUCUGUAUCCUCUUAGCGAGGUUAUUUAGUGUCAGGUUGUGUCAGAAAAACUAAAGCAACAGAAGAAGCCAACUGCUGAUUAGACAACAAGAGACUUAAGCUGGCUAAUUGUGUUUUAAUCGGACUGCUCUUGAUUGUUAGUGAACCAUUCUGCCUUUUAGUCACCAUUAACAAAAAAAGUUCAUCUGACCUCAACUAACAAUGAGGCCUAUGAUCGCUGCCCUCUUGGCGGCAGCCAUGUUGAUGGGACUCCAGCCAAGUGCUUCAUCCCCUGACAGCAUUGUGGACCGCUCCUCCAGAAACCUCUCCUCUGUCCCAAGAGACCUGCAAAAGAUGGCUGAGCUUUUAGACCUUUCAUGCAACCACAUACAGCAACUUCACCGAGGAGACUUCCAGAACACCACACUCCUGAGGUUCCUCAACGUUUCAUGGAAUAGUUUGGAGGACAUCAAUCCAGAGACGUUCCUCGACACGCCACUCCUGGAGGAUCUAGACCUGUCCCACAACAGACUGAGGAACUUGUCGGGUCAGCGGUACCUGCUCCACACAGAGAACCUUCUGGUGCUAAAUUUAGUCUGCAACAACUUUCUCACAAUGACACUUGGCAGUGAGUUCAGAUCUCUGGUAAAACUGGAGAGAUUGUCUCUUGGAGCAAAAAACAUCAGUACCAGUGAUUUCCUGACUAUUAAUGAAGUGAAACUGCGUAUACUUACCCUUUCCCUGGAGAAUCAACAGGGUUAUAGAGCAGGUAGUCUGCAGGAUGUCCAUGCUCAAAAGCUUCAGAUAGCCUUCACAAGUUAUCAAAUAUUAAACCAUUAUCUGGUUUCUGAUGCACUGUCCCACUUUGCUGUAGUGGAGUUGAUGGAUUUGACUGGUGGCUACAAAGACCUGAGUAAGCAGUUGAGCGAGAGAGUAGAAAUCCUCACAUCUCAUCUUUAUCUCACCAACAUAUCAAUCGACUGGAAAGACUUUACUGACUUUGCAAGUGUGGUCCUGCAUACAUCAGUCACUCAUGUGAGGGUCUCUGAUGUGGCUUUGCACAAACCACCUCAGAAAGACACUGACGUGACCCAGAUAUCUCAAAUGAAGUCCUUCACAGCCAGUAGGGUGGUGGUAAAGUAUUUCUUCUUUUCACAGGAAGCCGUUUACAACUUUUUUAUCAACAUGCCGGUGGAGAGUUUAGCAAUCGUUGAGACUUCAAUGAUACACAUGACAUGUCCAAAGUUGCACAGUCCUAUCCUCCAGCUGGACUUCUCCAACUGCGCCCUAUCUGACUCCAUCUUCUCCAGAGUGGAAGGUCAAGAAAGUCUUGAGUGUGAGAAUCUGGAUAAUGUGAGGAAAUUGAUUCUGUUUGGCAACAAUUUCAAGAGGCUUCAGAUCGUGAGCAAACGGGUGCAAUUCAUGAAGUCACUGCAACAUCUGGACCUCAGCAUCAACUCCCUGGUUUAUGAUGGUCUCGGAGAAUGUGCCUGGCCACCAAACAUCACCAAUAUUACUCUGUCUUAUAAUGGUCUGACAGCUUCCGUUUUUAAAUGUCUACCAAAAGGAACGGAGACACUGGACCUCCAGAACAACCAGGUUUCUGUGAUACCGUCGUCCAUCUUAAAAAUGGAAAACCUUACAUGUCUGAAUCUAAAUGCUAACAGGCUGCAGGACCUUCCAGUAUGCAACGGCUUCCCCAUUCUGAAUAAGCUUCUGCUCAAGUCCAAUUCCCUCAAUGCACCAUCUGUGAAGAAGCUGGAAAGCUGCCCCAAACUGGAAACUAUGGAUGUCAGCAAGAACCCCUUCACCUGCACCUGUGCUCUGAGGAGUUUCAUAAGACUUGGCAUCGAGUCUGGAAAGAAGACAGGAAUUGAAUUGUUGAGCUGGCCAUUAGACUAUUACUGCACUUACCCAGAGGCUGUUAGAGACAUCCCCUUGAAAGACAUCUCCAUCCCAGAGGUCUCCUGUAAUAUUGGCCUCCUAGCUACCACCAUCUUGUGCCCAGCAUUGAUAGUAAUUAUCGCAGUUGUGACUCUGUGCCAUCAUUUGGAUGUCCCCUGGUAUAUGGGCAUGAUCUGGCAGUGGACCAGAGCCAAACAUCGUGCCAGAAUGCGUCAAAUUCGACCUGAAGAUCUGUUGGGUGUCGAGUUUCAUGCGUUUGUGUCCUAUAGCCAGCAUGACGCGGACUGGGUGCAGAACUCCCUCCUCCCAAACCUGGAAGGUGGCGCAGGAGGGCUCAGAAUCUGUUGCCAUGUUAACAACUUUGUGCCGGGAAAGACAAUAAUUGAGAACAUAAUCGCCUGUGUGGAGAAGAGCCGACGCUCCGUGUUUGUGCUUUCUGCUCACUUCGUCAAGAGCGAGUGGUGCCAUUAUGAGCUGUACUUUGCCAGCCACCAACGCCUUGCUUGGGGCACAGACAGCAUUGUGCUGGUACUGCUCGAGCCUCUGCCUCAAUACCUGAUCCCAUCCAAGUACUACCAGCUGAAGUCCAUGAUGGGCCGGCACACAUACUUGGAGUGGCCUCAGGACAGGGCCAAACACAGGCUGUUUUGGGCUAAUCUCAGGGCUGCGCUACAGGCAGACCUGCCAAAUGCACCAGUGACAGAACUAGAGUGAGUUUGGAAGGCUGAAAGUAAGUGUGAAGAGGAUGUGUGAAUUGGUCUGAAGUGAAAUAGGGAACAGAAGUAAAAACGUGGAUGCUCUGGAGUGAAAAAGAAGUGAACAUUUUCCAGUAUUCAAUCUUGUACAAUGAGCUGAAGAUAAACUGACUUAUUGUAAGCGUGUAAGAUAUAAAUCAUUUAGCAAUUCAUUAAAACAUUGAAAGGACAUUUAAUGGAAACAUUUAUAUAAACGCUUCAAGUUUGUAACAAAAACAAUAAACUUGACUUCAGAAUAUC